UAAAGAGGAGAGCGGAGCAAGGCUGAACAAUAGAGACAGGCGGACGGGUGAGGAGGAGAGCCAGCUGCUGCUGUUGGGCAAGAGCGGGCGCCCAGGCAGCCCGGCCCCCGGCCCGGGCCAGUCAGCAGGCGGCCAGCGCCCCCGGGGAAGGGGUACCAUGGGGGAGCCGGCGACAGGCGCCCCCAGCCCGCCGCGCGCCUCCGCUUGAGGGAGGCUUGGCGUCCUCUGCCCCAGCCUGCCGCCCCAGCCUCCAGCUCUCGAAGCCCGGAGUCCGCCGGGUCUGCGGCCGCAGCCGCAGCCGCUGCGCCCCGCGCCCUCUGCCCACCCGGCGCCGAGCAGUCCUCGGCCCCAGGCUUCGCCGGCCCCGGGCUGCUCGCGGACGCCCUCCCCCAGUCAUGAACCCCCUAGAGGGGGCAGCGGAGGAAGCAGGAGCGGCCGAUUCGGACGUGGACGCCUUUUUCCGCACAGGCUCUUUUCGGAAUGAUGGUUUGAAAGCUUCUGAUGUCCUUCCCAUCCUAAAGGAAAAAGUGGCCUUCGUUUCUGGGGGCCGCGAUAAACGAGGUGGACCCAUCCUGACCUUCCCUGCUCGUAGCAAUCAUGACAGAAUAAGACAGGAAGACCUACGGAAACUUGUGACCUAUUUGGCCAGUGUGCCAAGUGAGGACGUGUGCAAACGUGGCUUCACCGUCAUCAUCGACAUGCGGGGCUCCAAGUGGGACCUCAUCAAACCCCUCCUCAAGACACUGCAGGAAGCUUUUCCGGCUGAGAUCCAUGUGGCCCUCAUCAUUAAACCCGACAACUUCUGGCAGAAGCAGAAGACCAACUUUGGCAGCUCCAAGUUCAUCUUUGAGACGAGCAUGGUAUCUGUGGAAGGCCUCACAAAGCUGGUGGACCCCUCCCAGCUGACUGAGGAGUUUGAUGGCUCCCUGGACUACAACCACGAGGAAUGGAUCGAGCUGCGGCUCUCCUUGGAGGAGUUCUUCAACAGUGCUGUGCACCUGCUCUCACGCCUGGAGGACCUGCAGGAGAUGCUGGCCAGGAAGGAGUUUCCUGUGGAUGUGGAGGGCUCUCGGCGGCUCAUCGAUGAGCACACACAGCUCAAGAAGAAGGUGCUGAAGGCCCCCGUGGAGGAGCUGGACCGGGAGGGGCAGCGGCUACUGCAGUGCAUUCGCUGCAGUGAUGGCUUCUCAGGGCGCAAUUGCAUCCCUGGCAGCGCUGACUUCCAGAGCCUGGUGCCCAAGAUCACCAGCCUGUUGGACAAGCUGCACUCCACCCGGCAGCACCUGCACCAGAUGUGGCAUGUGCGCAAACUCAAGCUGGAUCAGUGUUUCCAGUUGCGGCUUUUUGAGCAGGAUGCCGAGAAGAUGUUCGACUGGAUAAGCCACAACAAGGAAUUAUUCCUCCAGAGCCAUACAGAGAUUGGAGUCAGCUACCAGCAUGCUCUAGACCUGCAGACACAGCACAAUCACUUCGCCAUGAACUCCAUGAAUGCCUAUGUCAACAUCAACCGCAUCAUGUCCGUGGCUUCUCGCCUCUCUGAGGCUGGUCAUUAUGCCUCACAGCAAAUCAAGCAGAUUUCCACACAGCUGGACCAGGAGUGGAAGAGCUUUGCGGCUGCCCUGGAUGAACGUAGCACCAUUCUUGCCAUGUCUGCAGUAUUCCACCAGAAGGCUGAGCAGUUCCUGUCGGGAGUGGACGCCUGGUGCAAGAUGUGCAGUGAAGGUGGCCUGCCAUCCGAGAUGCAGGACCUGGAGCUGGCAAUCCACCACCACCAGUCUUUGUACGAGCAGGUGACUCAGGCCUACACAGAGGUCAGCCAGGAUGGCAAGGCCCUGCUGGAUGUGCUUCAGCGUCCCUUGAGUCCUGGGAACUCCGAGUCCCUCACAGCCACAGCCAACUACUCCAAGGCAGUGCACCAGGUACUGGAUGUGGUACAUGAAGUGCUGCACCAUCAGCGGCGACUCGAGAGCAUCUGGCAGCACCGCAAGGUGCGGCUCCACCAGCGGCUGCAGCUCUGUGUUUUCCAGCAGGACGUCCAGCAGGUAUUGGACUGGAUUGAAAACCACGGUGAGGCCUUUCUCAGCAAACAUACAGGGGUUGGGAAGUCCCUGCACCGAGCCCGAGCCCUGCAGAAGAGGCACGAUGACUUUGAAGAGGUGGCUCAGAAUACGUACACCAAUGCCGACAAGCUCCUAGAAGCUGCAGAACAGCUGGCGCAGACGGGGGAAUGUGACCCGGAGGAGAUCUACAAGGCAGCUCGACACCUGGAGGUGCGCAUCCAAGACUUCGUGCGCAGGGUGGAGCAGCGGAAGCUUCUCCUGGACAUGUCUGUUUCCUUCCACACACACACCAAAGAGUUGUGGACAUGGAUGGAAGACCUGCAGAAGGAGAUGCUGGAAGACGUCUGUGCAGACUCGGUGGACGCGGUCCAGGAACUGAUCAAGCAGUUCCAGCAGCAGCAGACUGCCACUCUAGAUGCCACACUCAACGUCAUCAAGGAAGGCGAAGACCUUAUCCAGCAGCUCAGGUCAGCGCCUCCCUCCCUGGGGGAGCCCAGCGAGGCCAGGGACUCAGCCGUAUCCAACAACAAGACACCCCACAGUAGCUCCAUCAGCCACAUCGAGUCGGUCCUGCAGCAGCUGGACGAUGCCCAGGUGCAGAUGGAAGAGCUCUUCCACGAGCGGAAGAUCAAGCUGGACAUCUUCCUGCAGCUGCGCAUCUUCGAGCAGUACACCAUUGAGGUGACGGCAGAGCUAGACGCCUGGAAUGAAGACUUGCUCCGGCAGAUGAACGACUUCAACACGGAGGAUCUGACCCUUGCAGAGCAGCGGCUCCAGCGCCACACGGAGCGGAAGCUGGCCAUGAACAACAUGACCUUCGAGGUCAUCCAGCAGGGCCAGGACCUGCACCAGUACAUCAUGGAGGUCCAGGCCUCAGGAAUUGAGUUAAUCUGUGAGAAGGACAUCGAUCUGGCAGCCCAGGUGCAAGAGCUGCUGGAGUUUCUGCACGAGAAGCAGCACGAACUGGAGUUGAACGCAGAGCAGACCCACAAGCGGCUGGAGCAGUGCCUCCAACUGCGGCACCUCCAGGCCGAGGUCAAACAGGUCCUGGGAUGGAUCCGCAAUGGGGAGUCGAUGCUCAACGCCAGCCUGGUCAAUGCCAGCUCUUUGUCCGAAGCAGAGCAGCUGCAGCGGGAGCACGAGCAGUUCCAGCUGGCCAUCGAGAAGACGCACCAGAGUGCCCUGCAGGUGCAGCAGAAGGCGGAGGCGCUGCUCCAGGCUGGCCACUAUGACGCAGACGCCAUCCGGGACUGUGCCGAGAAGGUGGCCCUCCACUGGCAGCAGCUCAUGCUGAAGAUGGAAGACCGGCUAAAACUGGUCAACGCCUCUGUGGCCUUUUACAAAACUUCUGAACAGGUCUGUAGUGUCCUGGAGAGCUUAGAGCAAGAGUACCGGAGAGAUGAGGAUUGGUGUGGUGGACGAGAUAAACUGGGACCAGCCGCAGAGAUCGACCACGUCAUUCCACUCAUCAGUAAACAUCUGGAGCAAAAGGAGGCCUUUCUUAAGGCCUGCACCCUGGCGCGGCGGAACGCUGAGGUGUUUCUCAAGUACAUCCACAGGAACAACGCCAGCAUGCCCAGCGCCGCCAGCCACACUCGGGGACCUGAGCAGCAGGUGAAAGCCAUCCUGAGUGAGCUUUUACAGAGGGAGAACCGUGUCCUGCACUUCUGGACCUUGAAGAAGCGGCGGUUAGACCAGUGUCAGCAAUACGUGGUGUUUGAGCGCAGUGCUAAGCAGGCGCUUGACUGGAUCCAAGAAACAGGUGAAUAUUACCUCUCAACACAUACCUCCACCGGAGAGAGCGCAGAGGAGACUCAGGAACUACUGAAAGGAUACGGGGAAUUCAGGGUGCCCGCCAAGCAAACAAAGGAGAAGGUGAAGCUUCUGAUUCAGCUGGCCGAUAGCUUUGUGGAAAAAGGCCACAUUCAUGCCACGGAGAUCCGGAAGUGGGUGACCACGGUGGACAAGCACUACAGAGACUUCUCCUUGAGGAUGGGGAAGUACCAGUACUCCCUGGAGAAAGCCCUAGGAGUCAACACGGAGGAUAACAAGGACCUGGAGCUGGACAUCAUCCCAGCAAGCCUUUCAGAUCGUGAGGUCAAGCUGCGGGACGCCAACCACGAAGUCAAUGAAGAGAAGCGGAAGUCUGCCCGGAAGAAAGAAUUCAUUAUGGCUGAACUGCUCCAGACAGAGAAGGCUUAUGUAAGGGACUUACAUGAGUGCUUAGAGACCUACCUGUGGGAAAUGACCAGUGGUGUGGAGGAGAUCCCCCCGGGGAUCCUUAAUAAAGAACAUAUCAUCUUUGGCAACAUCCAGGAGAUCUACGAUUUUCAUAACAACAUCUUCCUCAAGGAGCUGGAGAAGUACGAGCAGCUGCCUGAGGACGUGGGACACUGCUUUGUUACCUGGGCAGAUAAAUUUCAGAUGUAUGUCACCUACUGUAAAAACAAACCCGAUUCCAACCAGCUGAUUCUGGAGCAUGCAGGCACCUUCUUUGAUGAGAUACAGCAGCGGCACGGUCUGGCCAACUCCAUCUCUUCCUACCUAAUUAAGCCCGUCCAGAGGAUCACCAAGUACCAGCUGCUCCUGAAGGAACUUUUAACUUGCUGUGAAGAGGGGAAGGGGGAGCUCAAGGAUGGCCUGGAGGUGAUGCUCAGUGUCCCAAAGAAAGCCAAUGAUGCCAUGCAUGUCAGCAUGCUGGAAGGGUUCGACGAGAACCUGGACGUGCAGGGAGAGCUGAUUCUUCAGGAUGCCUUUCAAGUGUGGGACCCGAAGUCGCUGAUCCGGAAGGGGCGGGAGCGGCACCUGUUCCUCUUUGAGAUCUCCUUGGUUUUUAGCAAGGAGAUCAAAGACUCAUCAGGACACACAAAAUAUGUUUACAAGAACAAGCUACUGACCUCAGAGCUGGGUGUGACCGAGCACGUAGAGGGGGAUCCCUGCAAAUUUGCCUUGUGGUCUGGGCGCACCCCAUCCUCAGACAAUAAAACCGUGCUGAAAGCCUCCAACAUAGAAACCAAGCAGGAGUGGAUCAAGAACAUACGUGAGGUGAUUCAAGAAAGGAUCAUUCACCUGAAAGGAGCUUUAAAGGAGCCCAUUCAGCUCCCCAAAACACCAGCCAAACUGAGGAACAAUAGUAAGAGGGAUGGAGUGGAGGAUGUUGACAGCCAGGGGGACGGGAGCAGCCAGCCGGAUACCAUCUCCAUCGCCUCGAGGACCUCUCAGAACACAGUGGACAGUGACAAGGAUGGCAACCUUGCUCCUCGGUGGCACCUGGGACCUGGAGAUCCUUUCUCCACUUACGUUUAACGCGCAGCCUGGGACUUGUCCCUGCAGCUCUCCGGGUUAGCCGUGCCGCUGUUGAGACCUCCCACCUGGACUCCCAUCACCCACCUCUCUUGAGACUGCUCUGGCAGGGCUGGUGUGGGGUGCAGCCUUUGCUCACAGAGCAACAUGUUUCAAGCAAAAUCUGCCCACCCAGGCCAUGGGCUCACCCCUCAGGGCUCCCUGCUUCUCUGUUGGGUUCAACUCGAGGUUUCCAGGCUUCUUUUCAAAGUCUAAAGUCAUGGAAUAGUAGGGAACCGUGAGAGGCCUUGUGACCCAAGGUACUCCCCCCAGCUCCCAGGCCGAACACUAGGUACCCCGGGCCCUCCCUGCCCUAGAGGUCUACAGCGUAAUUGGGCAGGUUCGUUAGAGGGAGACAUUUGUCUCUGGAGUUUUCUCCUGGGUGAAUGUUCUAUUAUCAGUCGCCCUCCAUCUGGAAAGUCCCGUUGUUCGGGUCUAGCCUGCCUGGCCCACAUCCUGAGAAAGAGGGAGGAGGAGGAACAGAUGGUUUAUGGCAGAGAAGAAGAGGGUUAACUCUGGCUGUUCCCAAACAUUGGCCACAAACACUUCCCCGAAGAAAGUUCUAUCUGCUUCAGCCUACCCAGAGUUUGUCAACAUUUUCUAGUUUCCUUCCUAACCUCGCUCAUUCCUGAGGUCUCUGGUUCAAAGCCCACCCUCCCAGCCUUCCCUUGCUUCCAGAUUAUCCUGUUAGGGGGUGGAUGGGAAGUAGGAGAAGAAAUCAAUGAAACACUCCGGCAAUAUGUUGGUCAUUGAGACUAGCGGGUCUGUAGGUGGGCAUUCAUUUUACCAUUCUCUCCACUUUUGUAUAUGCUUGCAAUUUUUCAUAAUAAAAAGUUAAAGAAUAAAAAAAGUCCUUCAGCUUCUGAGACACUUAAGAGAGGGCCCCAAUCCCUAACACAGAGUUUUCCAGGAACCACACACAAAGGCAAGAGGCAAAGAUGAUUUCAUUAUAUAUAUAAAUAUAUGUAUAUUCAUUUUCUAAUUUUUUAAGUCCCACUGCUUUAUUUUCAAUAGACUAAACCUUAUUUGUAAGAGAUCCCAAAGUUGGGCUUACUUCCCCUAGCUGGGUUGUGGGGGAGGGCUGGGUAAAGGGUUCCUUAAACUCCUGAAAGUUUACACUUCUAUGUAUCUCACAGUCUUGUUGUGAGGAUGGGACUUGUUCAGUGUUCUGAACUUUGAGGAGGAAACGCGCUUGCAAUUCAAAGUGUCAUUCUCUGGAAUUGCACCUGGCUCAGGAAAGGACUGUCUUUGUACUUGAAUUAAAUCCAAUGGAGAACCUUAACACGGGCAUUUGCAUGACUGAGAAUUGCUGCUGUCUUUUUUCCGUAUGUCACUUUCUUGAAUGUGUUCUAAUAAAAUGAUUCUAAAGCA